AUGGCCAAUAAGCUUAUUAAAAAACUUUUAUUCGACUGUUUACAUGAAAUUUUGGAAAAUUUAGAGAAUGACAUAACUGCCUUACAUUCAUGUUUAUCAGUUAAUCGUCUUUUGUGUGAAAUUUCUGUUAGAAUUUUGUGGAGGGUUGUUGUUGAAUAUAGUGUUAACGUUACUUAUCAACCAAUGAGUAUUGUAUUGAAAACUAUAUUAAUUAAUUGUCAAUACUUGGAAUUCAUUAAAAUUCAAUAUGGAGAUGAUUUUAAUGACUUAAAUGAAUUGAUGAUAUACAAUUCAGAGUUUGACUUUGUACAUUCAAGAAAGUUGUUUACAUUAACAAUGAUUCUUAGCGAUGAUUUUGAUAAUGAGCAUUAUGAGGUACAAAGACAACUUUAUUGUAAUCAGUGCUCUCCAGUAGACUCUAUCUCAGUAGAUAAUAUACCAGACGGAUUUGAAAUACUUUGGCUUUGGAUCUCUCCGCAAAGCAAUAAGAAAAUGCUAUGGAUCAGCUUUACGCAGAUAUUCUUUUAUUGAUCUUAAAUUACAAGAUGAUAUUUCAUCUUUACAUUCUUGCAUCCU